UAGGGAGCUCCCCCUCCCCAUCCUGUCCCAGUAAAGGCAGCUUUGCCCAGUGGGGGUAUUUCCAGCUUUGUGGCUUUCACUUCCACUUCGACCAGGUGGGCGGAGUGGCUUCUUGUGGACGAAUCAGAUUCCUCCUCAGCCCCAACUUCAAGAGGUGAGCCAGGGGUUCAGCGUCCCAGACACGCAGGCGGCGGCGGCAGCGGCAGCAGCAGCAGGAGGCGUGGGGAAGGUCAGAAGCCAGAGCCAUGGAAGACCAGCGCGACCUCAUCUCCAACCAUGAGCAGGUGCCCAUCUUGGGCCAGCGCCCUGGAGCCCCGGAGAGCAAGUGCAGCCGCGGAGCCCUAUACACAGGAUUUUCUGUCCUGGUGGCUCUGCUCCUGGCUGGCCAGGCCACCACCGCCUACUUCCUGUACCAGCAGCAGGGCCGGCUGGACAAGCUGACGGUCACCGCACAGAACCUGCAGCUGGAGAACCUGCGCAUGAAGCUGCCCAAGUCUGCCAAACCUUUGAGCAAGAUUCGGGUAGCCACCCCCAUGCUGAUGCAGGCGCUGCCCAUGGAAGGCCUGGGGCCCAUGCAGAAUGCCACCAAGUACGGCAACAUGACUCAGGACCACGUGAUGCACCUGCUCCUGAAGGCUGACCCCCUGAAGGUGUACCCGCAGCUGAAAGGGAGCUUCCCAGAGAACCUGAAACACCUCAAGAACACCAUGGAGGGCCUGGACUGGAAGGUCUUUGAGAACUGGAUGCAUCAGUGGCUCUUGUUUGAAAUGAGCAAGAACUCACUGGAGGAGAAGCCCACUCAUGCUCCAACAAAAGUACUGACCAAGUGCCAGGAAGAGGUCAGCCACAUCCCUGCCAUCCACCCAGGCGUGUUCAAGCCCCAGUGCGACGAGAACGGCAACUAUAUGCCGCUCCAGUGCUAUGGGAGUACCGGCUACUGCUGGUGCGUCUUCCCCAACGGCACCGAGGUCCCCCACACCAGGAGCCGCGGGCACCAUAACUGCAGUGAGCCACUGGAAAGUGAGGAUCUGUCGUCUGGGCUGGGCAUUACCAAGCAGGAUCUGACCCCAGGUAAGGGCCCCUGCAGGGGGCACUGGUCCUCAGCAGCUUAUUCCCAGAGGGGCUGACUCCCUUGUGGGUGG